AUGCCUCCCUCCUCGUGGCAUUUUCUCGGCCCGGGCACGCCCAAACGUCGGAGCUCGCGAAUCGCGGCUAAAUCCCAGGCGUGCUUGACUUACGAGGAUGGCCUGCGCACUGCCCUUGCCGUCGUCCAAUUGGAGCAACACAGAUUUGGCGCAUCGCCAGUCCUCGGCUUUAACCGGGGCAAGUUUUUUCUGGGGCAGGCAAAGGCCUUCGGCAGCAUCUACAUCGCCGGACGCUGGCCACAGCACUAUUAUCUUUGGCACUGCCUUCAGUUCUGCAUCCUCACGCCCAUUCACGCCUGGCGUUGGUCUCAACCAUCCCUCGCUGGCCUGGCUUACUUUGUGGAGUUUUGUUGGGCGGCCAACUUCUCCAUGACGAUCUAUCUGAUUUCCCUCGGCGUCUACCCUGAAAAGUUUGACCGCGAGACACGCGCAACUGCGCUGCGCACCCUCUUCGCCUUCGGCGCCGGCCCGCUCGGCGGUUCGGUGGUGCUUCUUGGAAAUGCGCUCGUCCCGCACAGCGUGGACCACAUGAUGUCGCUCAUCAUUCACCUCUCGCCGCACAUCGCCGCCCACUGCCUCCGGUGGCACACGGAGAACGACCUCUUCCCCAUUGACCAGGUUCUGCUCUCUGAGUAUAUCCAGCUGCCCCUCGCCUUCCUCGCGGUGUGGGCUAUGCUCCAUGCCGCCUUCAUGCUAGCCUUUGGCGAUGCGCUCCGCAGCAGGCAUUGGAACACGACCUAUCACUACAACAUGAGCUCGCGCGGCGGCCGCAACAUCUUCACCGCCGUUCUUGGCCGCAUCGGCGAGGGCGGGUCUGAGACGCUCCGCUUCCUGAAGUACGAGGUGAUCUCGGUGGCGCUGAACGCCGCCAUCCUUUGCACGACGUACCCCCUGUACGCGUAUGGCACUCCGGAGAUCCACUUUGCGGUCGUCCUGUGCACCGGCUUGUUCGCCGCGUGGAACGGCGCGUCCUGGUACAACCACCGAUUGCAAAACUUUACCCGGCAAAUCGACCGGCAGAUCGAGCAGUGCGCCCCGAGCAAGCCAAAGGAGAGCUGA